GAGAGAGAGAGAGAGAGAGAGAGAGAGAGAGAGAGAGAGAGAGAGAGAGAGAUCUGGACGGUGAGAGAGAGAGAUCUGGACGGAGAAAGAACAAAUGUGAAGAGAAAAGCGAAGAUGCCGGAGAACAAGGCGACAGUGUACAGGACCAGCAGCUACCUGUCCCACUCUGCCUACAGGAAGAUCAAGCGGGUUCUGAGCUUCAGGAGGCGCGUGUUUGGCCAGCGGCUGGAGGAGACGGUUCUGUAUGAGCGGCGUUACGGGGUACACAUGGCACCGCUGGUGGUGGAGCAGUGUGUGGACUUCAUCCGGGAGCGGGGUCUUCUGGAGGUGGGAUUGUUCCGCCAGCCAGGUCAGGCCACGCUGGUUAAAGAGUUGCAGGAUGCCUUCGACGCUGGGGAGAAGCCCUCCUUUGACAGCAGUACAGACGUGCACACCGUGGCGUCGCUCCUGAAGCUGUAUCUGCGGGAGCUGCCAGAGCCACUGGUGCCCUUCUCCAGAUACCAGGACUUCCUGGUGUGUGGCAAGAAGAUCUCCUCUGAGAGGAAGCAGAGUUUGACAGAACUACGGCAUCUUCUUCAUCAACUUCCAGUGGCUAACUUCAACCUGCUCAACUACAUCUGCCAGUUUUUGAACGAAGUCCAGUCCUAUUCUAGCAGCAACAAGAUGAGCACCCAGAACCUGGCUACUGUUUUUGGCCCAAACAUCCUACGACCCAAAGCUGAAGAUCCAGAGAGUAUCAUUGGAGGGGCAGCCGUGGUGCAGCAGCUUAUGUCCGAGCUGAUCAGGGAGCACCUGUGCCUUUUCUCCAGGGAGGGGGGAGACAUAGAGGCCCCUGGCUCUUCACGCCCUGACUCUUACCCAUGUCAGAUAUGGAAAGGAGACCCAUUCGAGGGGGCGCACAUCCAGCCAACAGCCCAGACCCAGUCGCAUGAUUACAGUCUGGGCAUAACAGCCGAGCACCUCCCCCAACAACAGCUAGCACACCAUCCUUCCCCUUGCUCCCGCCAGCUCUCCCUGCCUCUGAUCCCUAAGAGGAGAGGUUCGGCCCAAAACCCAGAUGAAACCAGCUUAGCCACACGGCUGUCCAUCACAGACCACCAGCAGCAGCCAGCUGAGCUGUUCUCUCCAGUGAGUCUUGCUUCUGGGCCUCUGUACCACAGACACACUCUGUCCCAGUCAGAGUCCCAGCCCACUGAGACCGCAGACAGCCCCCACCCUGCCUCCCAACUCACAGAAUCUGCAUCCACAGUGACGCUACAGGCAGCCCCAGAACCCAGCAGCAUGCUGCUCAUUGGCUGGAGGGGCCCAGAGGAUCCCAGCUGGGCUGCAGAACAGGGGACUACUGGCACCAGUGGUAGCAGUGAGGCUCAGGACAGUACUCUGUCUGUCUAUGACAACCUGGACACACUACAACGCAUGGAGGAGGUGGCUGCGGAUGGUGGUGGGGGCAGCCCUGCUGGCCCAGUGGAGGUGGGCACGACCAGCAUGGCAGACACCAGAAGCUCCUGGUCUUCCUGUGAGAUUCUGUCCCUGGAAGACAAUGGGUGUGGUGUGGUCAGAACCAGCCCAGGACGGGGGUCCACUAGAUUCCCCUCCUUCAGGACUGACCCAGGAGACGAGGACCUCCCUCCUAACUCCCCAGCCUCCUCCUCUGCCCUCACUGAUGCCCCCCUGAGCACGGGCAGCUCGGAGGUCUUCCUGCCCUCUGCUCCUCCGGACCUCCGCGUCCCCCCGGCCUCCCAGGCCAUGCACUGGCUCUUGACUGGCCUCAGACAACAGAUGGCCAGGCAGAGGGCUGAGUUCGAGGCCAAGAUCCAGAGGUUGGAGAUGCGUAACGAGGCCCUCCAGGGGGAGGUGAUGGGACUGCGGACCAGCCUGGAGCAGCAGCGCCGCUGGCACAGUGUGGCCGAGAUCAAGAUCCGCAACGUGGAGCGUGCCAGGGCCGAUGCCGACCGGCGCAACACUACUCUGCAGAGGGAGAUGGAGCAGUUCUUUGAUACCUUCGGAGAGCUGAACGCUGAGGCCCGGAAGAGCGAAGGGCCACCAUGAACACAGCUCCAGUCCAGUUUGUCCCCAGCAGACUGCCACCAUGAACACAGCUCCAGUCCAGUUUGUCCCCAGCAGACUGCCACCAUGAACACAGCUCCAGUCCAGUUUGUCCCCAGCAGACUGCCACCAUGAACACAGCUCCAGUCCAGUUUUUGUCCCCAGCAGACUGCCACCAUGAACACAGCUCCAGUCCAGUUUUUGUCCCCAGCAGACUGCCACCAUGAACACAGCUCCAGUCCAGUUUUUGUCCCCAGCAGACUGCCACCAUGAACACAGCUCCAGUCCAGUUUUUGUCCCCAGCAGACUGCCACCAUGAACACAGCUCCAGUCCAGUUUGUCCCCAGCACGACUGCCACCAUGAACACAGCUCCAGUCCAGUUUGUCCCCAGCAGACUGCCACCAUGAACACAGCUC